GGAAAAUCCCUGGCUUUGUACGGCUGGUCCGCGCUUUGGUCUCCUCUUGUCAAGUACUUUUCCCGGAAGUGAGGCUGAGGCUUUUGGCUUGGGACGCCGCAGCUGUGGUCGGGGAGCCGCAAUGGAUCGUCUGGCGUCGUUUGGAAAUGACCCAUUUGAUAAACCGCCGUGUCGGGGCUGCUCGACUUACCUGGUAGAGCCGUACAUCAAGUGUGCCGAAUGCGGGCCGUCAGCUUUCUUCUUGUGCCUUCAGUGUUUCACGCGGGGCUUUGAGUAUAGGAAGCACCAGAGCGACCACAAAUAUGAAAUUAUGACGUCAGACUUCCCUGUGCUGGAGCCCGGCUGGACGGCCCAGGAGGAGAUGGCUCUGUUGGAGGCUGUGAUGGACUGCGGCUUUGGGAACUGGCAGGAUGUGGCGUACCAGAUGCGCACGAGGACCAAGGAAGAAUGUGAGACUCACUAUAUGAAGAACUUCAUCAACAACCCACUAUUCUCCUCCACCCUGCUGAGCCUGCGGCAGAUGGAGGCUGCUCGCACUGCGGACACUGCCAUCCCAUUCCGCCCCACUGACGACCCCCCCAGACCAACUUUUGACUCCCUGCUGUCCCGGGACAUGGCUGGGUACAUGCCAGCACGGGCGGACUUCAUGGAGGAGUUUGACAAUUAUGCGGAAUGGGACUUGAAGGACGUCGAUUUUGUGGAUGACGACUCUGACGUUCUGCAAACUUUGAAGAUCGCUGUUGUUGACAUUUACCAUUCCCGAUUGAAGGAACGACAGCGCAGAAAGAAGAUCAUCCGGGAUCACGGCCUGAUCAACCUGAGGAAGUUCCAGAUCCUGGAGCGCCGGUACCCCAAGGAGGUGCAGGACCUGCACGACGCCAUUAGGCGUUUCGCCAGAGUAGUGGGGCCCAUGGAACAUGACAAGUUCAUCGAGAGCCAUGCCCUGGAGUUUGAGCUGCGGCGGGAGAUCAAGAAGCUGCAGGAAUACCGGAGCGCCGGCAUACAGUCCUUCUGCAGUGCUAAGGUGUACGAUCGUGUGAAGCGGGUGCGGGAGGAUGAGCGCCGGAAGCGGACCAUGCUGACGGACGUGCUGCAGUACAUCCAGGACAGCCGCGCCUGCCAGCAGUGGCUACACAAGCAGGCGGCCAUAGACGCCGGGAUCAGCCCAGUGGUCACCUCCAUCACCACCUCAGCGUCGGGCCGUAGAAGCGCCCCCCCACUCAACCUGACCGGGCUGCCUGGCACUGACAAGCUCAAUGACAGAGAGAAGGAGUUGUGUCAGGUGGUACGGCUGGUCCCGGGCGCCUACCUGGAGUACAAGCAGGCCCUACUGAACGAGUGCCGACGGCAAGGCGGCCUACGGCUGGCCCAAGCACGAGCCCUCAUCAAGAUCGACGUCAACAAGACGCGCAAGAUCUAUGACUUCCUCAUCAAGGAGGGCUGCAUCAACAAGGCCUAGGCACUGCAGCACUCACACCUGCAGGGGGCGCUCUGUGCCCGCUGGAAGAAAGAACUCGCAUCGGGGGGAAACCCUCAGCCAAUGACGUCCAGGACUGGAAUAGUCCACCUUUUUGGGGGGUGUGGCAGGUCAUCACCCUGUUUAUCGCCCCCCCCCCCCCCACACACACACACAAUGGGGCAUAGACUGCUCCACCCUCACCCUGCGGUCGAUGAAGGGACAGUCUCAUCCAAGAUCAUAAACUGUGGUAGUGUGGGCAAAGACAUAAAGUGUGGGCAAAUGUCAACCUCUGUCUGUCUGCCUGCCUGCCUGCCUGCCUGCCUGCCUGCCUGUCUGUCUGCCUGUCUGUCUGCCUGUCUGUCUGCCUGUCUGUCUGCCUGUCUGUCUGCCUGUCUGUCUGUCUGUCUGUCUGCCUGUCUGUCUGCCUGCCUGCCUGUCGUGCUGUGCAGGUUACUAACACUGUGAGGAAACUGCUCCAUUUACUGAGAGGAGUCCUGUGCUGGGGUAGCAGUGAAGAUGAGAGUGUUUGUUCCUGUGGUCCCGGCUCCGUCUCCCCGUCCCAUUUAUAAUCUUAGAUGGGAUGUUAUAUAAGUGCUGUUUCCGUCACAAAUGCCCCCCCCCCAGAAAUUCGAGCCGAUUAUCAUCAUUAUUACAUGUCUGUGUUUUCCACAUGUGUUUCCAAUAACCUCCCUAAAUGCAAGGUAAUCCUGGGAGAAUUGGGGGGGGGGGG